AUGCCUCAAGACAUCCCAGGGUACUAUUACGACGAGGCGAAAAAGAAGUACUUCAAGAUUCAGGCCAACCAUGUCGCACCUCCAAAUGCACAAUACUCACAGCAAUCUGUGAAGCGAAAGCGGUCUGAGCUGACGGAACGUGAAAAAAAGGCAAGAUUCAGACAACGUGAGAGUCAAGAGACGAUCCAAAAGGCUGUGUCAUUGAAACACCCGUUGAUUAAUAUCCAAAGAGAGAUUGGGGCUAUUGAAUCCUCCGGGGCCAGGCAAGAACAGCAGGCUCGCAUUCAGGCCAGUCAACUACGCCGUGGGGAACUCCAUCAUUUCGAGCCAUGGCCUAACUCGUACAGCAUUCAACAUGUCUUGCGCAACCCACGUUCUGGGACAUUGAUUGCCGGAUCGGCUCGCGGAUAUGAAUCAUCUGUAUCGGUCUGUUUCCCUGACGUUGACGAGUCACAGUGGAGAUAUGAUCACACCAUGGAACGGGUGCUUUUCAAAGAGCCGUACUGGAUAGGUUCCAUGUCUUUGAGCCACACAGGAUACCUACUUGCAACAAUGAACGAAGGACCACAAGGUGACUGCUUCCUUUCAGCCCAUCUCCUCCCAGAGCCUGAUGAAGGAGGCAACUAUGUCUGGCCAACCUUCUCUCAUCCGAUUCGGAUUAGACCUCACUACCCGAUGUCCUUCUGGUGCUCUGCAGCCCAGCCCACAGGAUCAAAUGCCCACUUCGCUAUAGGAACCUCAGAAGGGCUCCAUACUCUAGAGGGUUCCAGUAGCAAUUGGAGCCUAUCGAAGAAGCCAUUCAAGGGUAAUACUGUUUCCUCGAGUAGCAGAAGACGCUCUGAGCACAGCCCGAGCAAGACUAGUGUGCAUGCAGUUGAAUGGAUGUCUCCGGACGUGAUUGCGGCGGGACAGAAGAAUUCCAAAAUAUUCCUUCACGACCUACGCAGUGGUGGCAGUGCUACACGCCUCCGACACAAUGACGCCGUGAUGGAAAUCAAGCAGAUAGAUGAAUACCGGCUCGUGGCAGCAGGACCUAGCUCACUACGAAUGUACGACCUCCGUUUUGCGCCAGAGGCAGGUAGACAUCAUGACUUCUCGAAGCCCUAUCUCGUUUUCCCUGGAUUCACCUCACUUCCGUUCCCAACCUUCGACGUGAGCACCGAGCUCGGUCUGCUGGCUAAUCCCUCGCGGGACUGCAAAAUCCAGAUCUUCUCUCUUCAAACCGGACUGCAGGUCUCCUCGCCUCUCGCAGAGCAUAAAUAUUCCUCACCACCUAGCUGUGUGCGAUUCGAGUAUGGGAAUGAUACUCCGGAGUGGCGAGGACCGCAUGGACCAACUUUGUUGGUCGGCACGGAUGAUGUAGUUGAGCAGUGGACCUGGUAA